AUGGGCGUGACGGCCGAUUUCGACGACCGGAAAAUCAACGACGCCAACGAAGAGAAGUACACUCCCUAUGAGUACCAGACGGAGAACAAUGGCUCUUGGGCCGGUGCUCUGCCGGUGAAGCAGGGUCUGUACGAUCCCAACCUUGAGAAAGAUGCCUGCGGUGUCGGUUUCGCCUGCCACAUUAAGGGCGUGCCGAGCCACAAGAUCGUCAGCGAUGCUCGCAACCUGCUGUGCAACAUGACCCAUCGUGGCGCCGUGGGUUCGGAUGCUCGCGAUGGUGACGGCGCCGGUGUCAUGACCUCCAUCCCUCACAAGUUCUUUGUCAAGAACUUUGAGCGCGAGGUAAACAUCGUGCUGCCACCCCCUGGCCAGUACGCCGUCGGCAACUUGUUCUUCAAGCCCGACACGGAGACGCUGCAAGAGUCCAAGCGGCAGUUGGAAGACAUUGCCGAGUCCCUGGGCCUGCGUGUCCUCGGCUGGCGCCAGCCGCCUGUGGACUCCACCCUGCUCGGCCCUGCUGCCAAGUCGCGCGAGCCCAUCAUUCUGCAGCCGUUCGUCGUCCUGCAGUCGGCCUACGGCACGGGCGUGACGCCCGCCUCGACCGAUGCGGAGACGUUCGACGAGCGCCAGUUCGAGCGCCAGCUGUUCGUCCUGCGCAAGCGUGCCACGCACACCAUUGGCCUGCACAACUGGUUCUAUCUCUGCUCCCUGUCCAACAAGAACAUUGUCUACAAGGGUCAGCUUGCCCCCAUUCAGGUCUACCAGUACUACCACGAUCUCGUCAACGCCGACUACGAGGCGCACUUUGCACUCGUCCACUCGCGCUUCUCUACCAACACGUUCCCCUCCUGGGACCGUGCGCAGCCCCUGCGCUGGGCCGCCCACAACGGUGAAAUCAACACCCUGCGCGGUAACAAGAACUGGAUGCGUGCCCGUGAGGGUGUCAUGCAGUCUGAUAUCUUUGGCGAGGAGCUUGAGCAGUUGUACCCCGUCGUAGAGGACGGCGGCUCCGACUCCGCUGCCUUUGACAACGUCCUGGAGCUGCUGACCAUCAACGGCGUGCUCUCGCUGCCCGAGGCUGUCAUGCUCAUGGUCCCCGAGGCCUGGCAGGGCAACGCGCACAUGGACCCCAAGAAGGCCGCAUUCUACGAGUGGGCCGCCUGCCAGAUGGAGCCCUGGGACGGCCCUGCCCUGUUCACCUUCGCCGACGGCCGCUACUGCGGUGCCAACCUCGACCGCAACGGCCUGCGCCCCUGCCGUUACUACAUCAUGGACGACGACCGCAUCAUCUGCGCGUCCGAGGUCGGCACCAUCCCCGUCGACCCGGAGCGGGUUCUGACCAAGGGCCGUCUGCAGCCCGGCCGCAUGCUGCUCGUCGACACCCACGCUGGUCGCCUGAUCGACGACAAGGAGCUCAAGGAGGCCGUCUCGAGCCGCCAGGACUUCCGCUCUUGGAUCGACAAGGAGCUCAUCACCCUCCCUGCCGUGCUCCAAAAGUUCGAGGAUGACAAGACCGUCGCGCUGGCUCCCAAGCCUACCGACGCCAGCGUUCAGACCGACCCCUUCCUGCAGGCGUUUGGCUACACCUACGAGCAGGUCAGCCUGUUGCUGGCUCCCAUGGCCUCGGACGAGAAGGAGGCCCUCGGUUCCAUGGGCAACGACGCGCCGCUUGCCUGUCUCGCGGACGCGCCCCGCCUCCUGUACGAGUACUUCCGCCAGCUGUUCGCACAGGUCACGAACCCUCCCAUCGACCCCAUUCGCGAGUCCAUUGUCAUGUCGCUGGAGUGCUACGUCGGCCCCCAGGGAAACCUGCUCGAGAUGGAUGCGUCGCAGUGCGGCCGUCUGCUGCUGCCCAGCCCCAUCCUCUCCAUCCCCGAAUUCAACUCGAUCAAGAACAUUGCCAAGCAGUUCCCUGCCUGGACCGUCAAGACCAUCGACCUGACGUUCCCCAAGAGCGAGGGUGUGGACGGCUACAUCCGUCACCUCGACGAGAUCUGCAAGGAGGCCACUACCGCCAUCGAGAACCACGACCGCGUCAUUGUUCUGUCCGACCGCAACACGUCGGCUGACCGCGUGCCCGUCUCGGCCCUGCUCGCCUCUGGUAUGGUCCACCACCACCUUGUCAGCAACAAGUGGCGCUCGCUGGCUGCCAUUGUUGUCGAGACCGCCGAGGCUCGCGAGGUGCACCACAUGUGCGUGCUCCUCGGCUACGGCGCCGAUGCCAUCAACCCCUACCUUGCCAUGGAAUGCAUUGUCAAGCUCAACCGUGAGAAGCUGCUCAAGGUCAAGCUCAGUGACGAUCAGCUCAUCCAGAACUACAAGCACUCCUGUGACGGUGGUAUCCUCAAGGUCAUGAGCAAGAUGGGUAUCUCGACCCUGGCCAGUUACAAGGGUGCCCAGAUCUUUGAGGCCCUUGGCGUGGACGACGAGGUGGUCGACCGCUGCUUCAAGGGUACCGCCACCCGCAUCAAGGGUGUCACCUUCAGCCUCAUUGCCGAGGACGCUUUCCGCUUCCACGAGCGCGGUUUCCCCUCACGCCAGACCACCCUCAUUCCUGGUCUGACCGAGUCCGGCGAGUACCACUGGCGCGACGGCGGCGAGGCUCACAUCAACGACCCGACCUCCAUUGCCAACAUCCAGGAUGCCGUCCGCACCAAGAACGACAAGUCCUACGAGGCCUACUCGCGCGCCGAGUACGAGUCGAUCAAGUCGUGCACGCUGCGCGGCAUGCUCGACUUCAAGUUCGACGAAUGCACGCCCGUCCCCAUCGACCAGGUCGAGCCCUGGACCGAGAUUGUGCGCCGUUUCUGCACGGGAGCCAUGUCCUACGGAUCCAUCUCCAUGGAGUCGCACUCGACGCUCGCCAUCGCCAUGAACCGUCUCGGCGGCAAGUCCAACACGGGCGAGGGUGGCGAGGACCCGGAGCGCUCCCAGGUCAUGGACAACGGAGACACGAUGCGCUCGGCCAUCAAGCAGGUCGCGUCCGGCCGCUUCGGUGUCACCUCGGCGUACCUGGCCGAUUCGGAUGAGCUCCAGAUUAAGAUGGCCCAGGGCGCCAAGCCCGGUGAGGGCGGUGAGCUGCCCGGCCACAAGGUCACCAAGUCGAUUGCCCGCACGCGUCAUUCGACCCCCGGUGUCGGUCUCAUUUCGCCCCCGCCACACCACGACAUCUACUCCAUUGAGGAUCUGAAGCAGCUCAUCUACGAUCUUAAGUGCUCGUCGCCCCGCUCGCGCGUGUCGGUGAAGCUGGUGUCCGAGACGGGUGUCGGUAUCGUUGCCUCGGGUGUCGCCAAGGCCAAGGCCGACCACAUCCUCAUCUCUGGCCACGACGGUGGCACGGGUGCCUCCCGCUGGACUGGUAUCAAGUACGCCGGUCUCCCCUGGGAGCUGGGUCUGGCGGAGACGCACCAGACGCUUGUUCUCAACGACCUGCGUGGCCGUGUCGUCGUGCAGACGGACGGUCAGCUCCGCACCGGGCGUGAUGUCGCCAUGGCCUGUCUGCUCGGUGCCGAGGAGUGGGGCUUCGCCACCACUCCCCUGAUUGCCAUGGGCUGCAUUUUCAUGCGCAAGUGCCACUUGAACUCCUGCCCUGUGGGUAUUGCCACGCAGGAUCCUGAGCUUCGCAAGAAGUUCAAGGGUACGCCUGAGCACGUCAUCAACUUCUUCUAUUACAUUGCCAAUGAGCUGCGCGCCAUCAUGGCCAAGCUUGGUUUCCGCACUGUCAACGAAAUGAUUGGCCACGUCGAGGUCCUCAAGGUCCGCGAUGACCUCAAGUCCAAGAAGAUGCAGAACAUUGACCUGUCGCUUAUCCUGACCCCGGCCCACAAGCUGCGCCCUGGUGUCGCCACCUUCAACGUCCGCAAGCAGGACCACAAGCUGUACGUCCGCCUGGACAACAAGCUGAUCUCCGAGGCCGAGCUCACCCUCGACAAGGGUGUGCCGUCGCGCAUUGAGUGCGACAUCAUUAACACCGACCGUGCCAUGGGUACGUCGCUGUCGUACCAAAUCUCCAAGCGCUACGGCGAGGCCGGUCUGCCCACCGACACUGUGCACGUCAACAUCAAGGGUUCGGCUGGCCAGUCAUUCGGUGCGUUCCUUGCCCCCGGUGUUACGCUGGAGCUGGAGGGUGAUGCCAAUGAUUACGUCGGCAAGGGCCUGUCUGGUGGACGCCUGGUUAUCUACCCGCCCCGUUCGGCAGUGUUCAAGGCCGAGGAGAACAUUCUGAUCGGCAACGUCUGCUUGUACGGUGCUACCAAGGGAACAUGCUUCUUCCGCGGUGUUGCCGCCGAGCGCUUCGCUGUGCGCAACUCGGGUGCCACGGCGGUUGUCGAGGGUGUCGGUGACCACGGUUGUGAGUACAUGACGGGUGGCCGCGUCAUCAUUCUGGGCAGCACUGGUCGCAACUUCGCUGCUGGUAUGUCCGGUGGUAUCGCGUACGUCCUGGACGUCGACAACGACUUCCUGGGCAAGCUCAACACCGAGAUGGUGGAGGCGUCUGGCGUCGAGGACCCCGAGGACAUUGCCUUUGUGCGUGGCCUGAUCGAGGACCACCACCACUACACGGGCUCUGAGCUGGCUGCCCGCAUCCUGGUGGACUUCAACCGUGCCCUGCCUCGCUUCAUCAAGGUUCUCCCCGUCGACUACAAGCGUGUCCUUGCUGAGGAGGCCGCCAAGGCCGCCGAGGCCAAGCGCGCGGAGUACAACUUGCCCGCCAUCAAGGAGGCCGCUGCCCCUACCCCCAAGCCUGCUGCCGCGUCUGCUGGUGCUCUCCAGGACCUGGAGGACAGCGUUGGCGAUCACGCUGCCGACAAGAAGAAGAAGGCGCUUGUGCUGGACAAGACCAAGGGCUUCAUGAAGUACCACCGCCGCUCGGAGAAGUACCGUUCGGCCAAGACGCGUACCAAGGACUGGGCUGAGCUGUCCAGCCGCCUGGAUGAGGACGAGCUCAAGUACCAGUCGGCCCGCUGCAUGGACUGUGGUGUUCCUUUCUGCCAGUCGGACACUGGUUGCCCCAUCUCCAACAUCAUCCCCAAGUGGAACGAGCUGGUCUUCCAGAACCAGUGGCAAGAUGCUCUCAACCGCCUGCUCAUGACCAACAACUUCCCCGAGUUCACUGGACGUGUCUGCCCUGCUCCUUGCGAGGGUGCUUGCGUCCUGGGCAUCAACGAGGACCCCGUUGGUAUCAAGUCGAUUGAGUGCGCCAUCAUCGACCGUGGUUUCGAGAUGGGCUGGAUGGUUCCCACCCCGCCCCCCGUCCGCACGGGUAAGAAGGUCGCCAUCAUCGGCUCGGGCCCCGCGGGUCUGGCUGCUGCGGACCAGCUGAACCGUGCCGGCCACUCCGUCACUGUGUACGAGCGCGCCGACCGCCUGGGUGGUCUGCUGAUGUAUGGCAUUCCCAACAUGAAGCUCGACAAGCGCAUUGUCAAGCGCCGCACGGACUUCAUGGCUGCCGAGGGCGUCGCCUUUAAGACGGGUGUCGCCAUUGGCGAGGAGAUCAAGCUCCUGGACCUCAAGGCCGACAACGACGCCGUCGUGAUCGCUACGGGCGCCACAGUCGCUCGCGACCUGCCGAUCCCCGGCCGCAACCUGGAGGGCAUCCACUUUGCCAUGGAGUUUUUGCACAAGAACACCAAGUCCCUGCUGGACUCGGAGCUGGCUGACAACACGUACAUCUCGGCCAAGGACAAGCACGUCGUGGUCAUUGGCGGUGGCGACACCGGCAACGACUGCAUUGGAACGUCGCUGCGCCACGGUGCCAAGUCGAUUGUCAACUUUGAGCUGCUGCCGCAGCCGCCCAACGAGCGCGCGCGCGACAACCCGUGGCCGCAGUGGCCCCGCAUCUACCGCGUGGACUACGGCCACACGGAGGUGCGCCAGCACCACGGCAAGGACCCGCGCGAGUACUGCAUCAUGUCGGACAGCUUCGUCGACGACGGCACCGGCAAGGUCAAGGGCAUCAACACCCAACGUGUGGAGUGGACGCGCUCGGCCAGCGGCGGCUGGGACAUGAAGAAGAUUGAGGGCUCGGAGCAGUUCUUCCCCGCCGAUCUCGUUCUUCUGGCCAUGGGUUUCCUGGGCCCCGACGCUCGCGUUCUCGGCGACGAGAUCGAGAAGGACGCCCGCAAGAACGUCAAGACGCCCGCCGGCCAGUACAACACCAACGUGCCGGGCAUCUUCGCCGCGGGUGACUGCCGUCGCGGCCAGUCCCUGAUCGUGUGGGGCAUCAACGAGGGUCGCCAGGCCGCCCGUGAGGUCGAUCUGUUCCUCGAGAAGUCGACCUCGCUCCCGGUGACUGGUGGUAUCAUUAAGCGCACGGCCGAGGAGGUUCUUGGCGCCGCAUAA